ACCCGGAGGAGGUGCCACCUGCCUGGAAGCAGUCAUGCAGUGUCCUUCUAACUGAGGAGGAGGGGCCCGUGCCCAUCCAGCCAGGGCCUUCAGAGGACAAGGAGAUGACAUCAGAGUACCUGAGUCCAGUCCAGCCUGGCGGGACAAAUGAACUGAGGGUGAUGUUGGACUCCGUAACCCAUAGCACCUUCCUGCCCAACCCAUCUUUCUGCGACCCCCUGAUGUCUUGGACCGAUUUGUUCAGCAAUGAAGAAUAUUACCCUGCCUUUGAGCAUCAGACAGCCUGUGACUCCUACUGGACAUCAGUACACCCCGAAUACUGGACCAAGCGCCAUGUCUGGGAAUGGCUCCAGUUCUGCUGUGAUCAGUACAAGCUUGACGCCAACUGCAUCUCCUUCUGUCGCUUCAACAUCAGCGGCCUGCAGCUGUGCAGCAUGACGCAGGAGGAGUUCAUCGAGGCAGCGGGCAUCUGCGGGGAGUACCUGUACUUCAUCCUUCAGAACAUUCGCUCUCAAGGUUACUCCUUUUUCAAUGAUGCUGAAGAGACCAAGACCACCAUCAAAGACUAUGCUGACUCCAGUUGCUUGAAAACAAGUGGCAUCAAGAGUCAAGACUGUCACAGCCGAACAAGCCUCCAAAGCUCUCACCUGUGGGAAUUUGUCAGAGAUUUGCUUCUGUCUCCUGAAGAAAACUGUGGCAUCCUGGAAUGGGAAGACAGGGAGCAGGGCAUUUUCCGAGUGGUUAAAUCAGAAGCCCUGGCAAAGAUGUGGGGACAACGGAAGAAGAACGACAGGAUGACAUAUGAAAAGUUGAGCAGAGCCCUGAGAUAUUACUAUAAAACGGGCAUUUUGGAGCGAGUUGACCGGAGGUUAGUGUACAAGUUUGGAAAGAAUGCACACGGGUGGCAGGAAGAUAAACUAUGAUCUAUGCUGGACACCAAGCUCAUUUGAUGGAUUUCUGCUGUCUCAAACAACCAGAUCAAACCAGACAUUUGAAAGUCUUCUUCUUCCUCUUCUUCUUCUUCUUCUUCUUCUUCUUCUUCUUCUUCUUCUUCUUCUUCUUCUUCUUCUUCUUCUUCUUCUUCUUCUUCCUCCUGCCCCUCCUCCCCUUUCUCCUCUUCAAAACCUGCAAACACGCUGAUAAAAUUUCUGCACGUCUCAGCUUACACUUGGAUUCAGUUGUUGUCUAUUGGGGUGAUGACAGAAACCCUUAAGCUAUCGUCUUGAUCCCAAGGGGGAGGAAGGGAUGGUCUUUCGUGGCAGCGUGGUGAGACCUUGUUUCCCUAAUGAAGUGUUUGGAGCCAAAGUAGGCCGUGUUAUGGGUGCUGUUUCAAAAAGGGGGGGGGGGGGCAUUGCACCAUUUAAGGACACAUGAUCCUUCCAUUCCAGAGGUUCUAAGUGGUCGACUGCAUCAGCUCGCCUGUGAUUAGUUUUUGGGAGAGGGUGAGCUGCAAGAGUUGCUUACUUUAAAUUUGAAAUUAUUACAGUUACAUUCUAUAGAAGAAUUUUUUAAUAAUAAUAAUAAAAAAAAAGUUAAACCACUAAGCUGGGAUCUAAUUGGAUGCAGCCUAAGUUAAUAAUAAGUUUUUUAGCAAGACCAUCAUUUUUGACCACUUAGCCACAGCCGCUUGAUCCACGGCCAAUCCUUCUGAGCUCACAGACUUGUAAUUAGUCACAUCGGGAAUUGCUGCUGAGAUCACUGACCCCUUCUCCUCCCCUAAUGGCUAGCGUCAGAUCUGCAGCGAUCUAGUCAACAGAUAUGUGCAUUCAUUUCCAAAUCACUGCUGUUUCUAUGAUUCAAACUGUCAACGCGAUCCAAUCAGAAGUCAUUGAUUCUUUCGGGCUAAGACGUUAAACCUUACAGAGCGGAGAAAUGUCCUAACAAACCCGGGACAGCGGAAUACAUCAUCAGCCUCUUCUCUUUUCUUGCCUGAUGAGUUCUCCAGCUCUGCAGCAUAUACUCUUGACAAAAAUGACAACAUUAAAUUUACAGCAGUCAAUGUUAACGGGUUAAAGUCUGCACUGACAUUUCCUCGUCUGCCAUUGGCAUGCAAGGCGUUAAUGACCUGCAGCAUGGAGGGGAGCCCCGAGCCCUAACUUCCCCAGAGCUGGGGAUCAAGGGACGAGGCACUGAAUAGCAACGCAGGCUGAAGACCUCCGUGUUUAGAGUUUAACCUCAAAAGUAACUUGUUUUUGAGAAAAAAAAAAUGUGAAUUACUGUAAAAUAAUCUAUUUUUGGAUUCAUGUGUUUUC